UCAAUCAAAAAUGAAUGACUUAUUCUCUAAUUCGUUUAAAAAGUAUCAGGACCUUAAAAAACAGGUCGUAGUAGAUGAUUUGGAGGGUGGUCAAGUUGGCCAACCAGGUACUGAAAGUAUUGAUCUUGCUAAAUUCUUUGAAGAUGUAGAAAAUGUGAAAGAAGAUAUGAAAGAUGUCGAAAAAUUUCAUAAAAAAUUACAAGAAUCAAAUGAAGAGAGCAAACUUGUGCAUAAUGCCAAGACUGUGAAAGAAAUAAGGUCUAGGAUGGAUUCAGAUGUGUCACAGGUCUUAAAACGCGUAAAGAUGAUCAAAGGUAAGUUGGAAGCCCUCGAACGAUCCAAUGCAGCUCAUAGGAAAAUCUCGGGAUGUGGACCAGGUUCUUCUGCAGAUCGAACAAGGACUUCUGUAGUUAGUGGUUUAGGGAAAAAAUUAAAAGUCCUCAUGGAUGAUUUUCAAGCAUUGAGGACAAGAAUGAAUGAUGAAUAUAAGGAAACGGUUGCAAGAAGGUACUUUACUGUGACAGGAGAGAAAGCUGGCGAUGAAUUAAUUGAGAAUUUGAUAUCAAGUGGGGAGAGCGAGUCUUUCCUCCAAAAGGCAAUCCAGGAACAAGGUAGGGGUCAGAUUAUGGACACAAUUUCCGAAAUACAAGAAAGACAUGAUGCUGUGAAAGAGAUUGAGAAGAAUUUGAUUGAGCUACACCAAAUAUUUUUAGACAUGGCUGCAUUGGUGGAAGCACAAGGGCAACAAUUAAAUGAUAUUGAAAGUCAUGUGGCACAUGCAAGUUCCUUUGUUAGGAGAGGCACAGAUCAAUUACAAGAAGCAAGGGAGAUUCAAAAAAGUUCAAGAAAGUGUGCUUGUUUUGCUGUUUUCCUUAUCAUUUUGCUUAUCAUUCUCCUUACUUUCCCUCUAUGGUGGCCAUUAGUUGCUAGCAAAUUAUUAUAAG